AUGGAUUAUACAAGCGAUGAGCAACAGUCGGUCUACACUGUGCUGGUUACAGGCGCAAACAGCGGGCUAGGCUUCUCGACCUGCUGCCGUCUCAUUGACGAGUUCCUGCAUCUGCGACCGCAAACCCAAACCCUGCACCUCAUCAUCACCACGCGCUCGUCCUCCAAGAACAAAGAUACCCAGACCCGACUGUCCGCACACCUUCAAAAGACACUGCAAAAAGCCGAAAAGUCGACACCGGGCAUCAGCCAAGUACUCGCGACGCGCAUCAGGAUCUCUGGCGAAAGAGUGGAUCUGUACCGUAUUCAUGUGCUCAUCUGCAAUGCAGGUAUUGGUGGGUGGAAGGGGUUAAACUGGCCCAGUGCCAUCUGGUCCAUGCUCACGGAUUGGAAACACUCUUGCACAUACCCAACCUACAAGCUAGGCUUUGUAGGAUCCGUCGCACCUCAAGGCUCAGAAGAAAAGGAACAGCAGUUGGGAGAAGUGUUUACGGCGAAUGUGUUUGGUCACUAUUUGCUCGUUCAUGCGCUGGCGCCUUUGAUGAAGGGAUCCAACUCUCAAGAACCCGGCCGCGUCAUCUGGAUAUCGAGUAUCGAGGCUUACUCUCAUGCCUUUAACCCAGAAGACCUGCAAGCAUUGACCUCAGACGCAGCCUACGAUAUCGCAGACUUGCCAUUGGUGUUGUGGUACGCCAUGUUGUUGGCGCAAUAUAUUGCGCGCUGGUUGGGUUCGCCCUGGCACCCCGUGUCCUCGUAUCUCGGUGCCGUGUCUAGCGUUUGGCUCUCACUGACGCCCUUCUCCUCUCUCUCGAACCAAGAAACCAACGAAGGAAAAGCAAAAUGGGCAAGCUCGACAGAUGUAUUCGGCAACGAACGCGUCGUGCGAACAGAAGUCGGUGGAUGGGGAUGGGGUGGCAAGGUGGGAGAAAAGGCAGAUGGAAAGAUGAGAUUGAGUGCGAACAGGUGGAGAGGUCAAGAGGACGUGACCAAGGAAUCGAGAGAGGAGUUUGAGGUUCUUGGUCAGAGGGUUUGGAGGGAAAUGGAAGAGUUGAGAGUGACCUGGGACAAGAGGUUGCAAGGUUGA